CCGCGUGGGGUGGGGGGCGGUUCGUGCGCGUGUGUCUCAAAGAGCUCCGCGAGCCACAGGACGCUCAAAGAUGGCUGCCACUGCAACCGAUAGUGUCCGACAGGGCUCCCCGCAGCCGAGUACCCGCGACGAGACGCCGCUGAAAAUGGAGGCCCAGGAAGAGAUGGGGGGCUUGCGGGACACGGAGCGAGGGUCUGGUGACAGUGAAGCUGUAAAAAUGGAAGGAGAUGUCGAGAAAGACUCUGAGGGAAGGGACGACCAGGCUUUGGUCGCGCCCGACGCCAGCGAGGUGGUAGCCGCAGUCAGAGCGAUGGGAGCCGGCGACGAAGACGAAGAGGAAGAGGAGGAAAUGGUGUGCGAGCUCCCGGGAGCCGGGGAGAGCCCGGAGCAGCAGAGUCCAGCCAGCUGCAGCGACGCCGGGGACGGCACGGAGAAGGAGCCGAAGAGGGAACAAAGGGAUGAGAGCGAGUCCUCGCCGGGCGACCGCGUUAAGGGCAAAGGCGACGAUGCGGCGGGGAAAAGCGCCGAGGGAGGGAGCCACCGUGCCGGCGGCGACAAGAGGCGAGCCAGCGUGGAGAUGUCAUCGUCGGACGGGGAGCCUCUCAGCCGCAUGGACUCCGAGGACAGCAUCAGCAGCACCCUGAUGGACAUGGACAGCACGGCAUCCAGCGGACGGUCCACGCCGGCCAUGAUGAACGGUCAGGGAGGGACCGCCCCUUCCUCCACUAAGGGUGUGGCCUAUGCCUGCUGCUGGGACCGCUGCCCCGCCUGCUUCAGCUCCAGCCCUGACCUGGCAGAGCACAUCCGUGGUGUGCACGUCGAUGGCCAGCGUGGGGGGGUGUUCGUUUGCCUCUGGAAGGGCUGCAAGGUGUACAACACUCCCUCCACCAGCCAGAGCUGGCUGCAGAGACACAUGCUAACUCACAGCGGCGACAAACCCUUUAAGUGCGUGGUCGGCGGCUGCAAUGCCAGCUUCGCCUCCCAGGGGGGGCUGGCGCGCCACGUACCCACCCACUUCAGCCAACAGAACUCCUCCAAAGUGUCGAGCCAGCCCAAGGGCAAGGAGGAGUCGCCCUCCAAAGCCGGCAUGAACAAGAGGAAGAAGCUGAGAACCAAGCGCCGUCGCUCCCUGCCACGACCACAUGACUUCUUCGAUGCCCAGACCAUGGACGCCAUCCGGCACCGAGCCAUCUGCCUGAACCUGGCCACGCACAUCGAGAGCUUGGGCAGUGGGCACAGCGUUGUCUUUCACAGCACGGUAAUAGCGAGGCGAAAGGAGGAUUCUGGGAAGGUCAAGGUCCUCCUUCAUUGGACUCCAGAAGACAUUUUGCCAGACGUGUGGGUGAGUGAGACUGACAGGCCGCAGCUGAAGACGAAGGUGGUGCACUUAUCUCAGCUUCCGCAUGACACGGCCAUGCUGCUGGACCCAAACAUCUAUAGAACGCUGCCUCAGAAGCGCUUGAAGCGGAGGAUGUUUUUCUAGACUCCGAGGAAGGCCCCCCCCCCCCCCCAACGCUGUUUCCAGAGUGUCUGGAGGAGACGAGGGCAGCCAACUGGAACUGAGACCCAGAAAAUGUGCUUCAUCCUCGCGUCUCUUACUUCACGAUUCCUGAAUUGCACCAAAGUCUGCAGUUUGACUUGUUCUUCAGAUUGAUGACACAUUUAUCAAAGUCUUAAUUGUUGAACUAGAGGGCGAUGUUUAGGGUCUGUUCAUUGUUAUUUUUUACGUUACUACUGCUAGGUGUAAAGUGUCCCCCCAGUGUGGCACGUCGGUCCUGUAGGAGUCUAGAGACACGUUUACAGACAGUAGUGCUUGUAAAUAUUUUGCAAAUUUGUAAUAUAUAUUUUUAUACAAUGAAACUGUACUGUAGAUUUGGUCUUUGCCUUCUCUCCACUUAGGGAGCGACGUUUAAUUGUAAAUAAUGUGUUAGGGACGGGGUUAAGUCUUCAUUAGUUUCGGACUAGAUGUCUAAACAAAGCGGUGAGUCAGAGGUGCCCUUUAUUUCGCGCCUGUGCUGUGUUGUGGCUGGCAGUAGUGCUUGGCGCUGGACCCUCCCCACGCCGCCGUCUCCACCUCGGAGACGACUUUCCCGAAAGAACAGUAUUAAUUUGCUUGACUUUAAGUUCAGGCAUCAUUUACUUGGAAUGGCAUAAAAAGCAUAGUAAUAAUGGUUAAAAACAAUAAACUGUGUAUUCCCUUUGA